GACCAAAUUGGUGUUUGGUUCACACACCAUUACACAUUCUUCAGAUGCAUGCGUAAUCAUUCCCACCAAAAAACAAAUUAAAUUUACAAAGAAGAAUAACUAGGGACCUGCCUAAUCUGUUCCUUCCUUACAUUUGGUGUCACAUAUCAGCAACAACUUCCGAUGAAAACUCCUCUGCUUUCAUGGCUUUUCUUACUCCGCAUUUGCUAUGUUUCACUCACCUUCCAUACGCUUGUGGUCUCUACCCAAUGUCCCGGCGAUCAGCAAUCUUUGUUGCUAAAAUUGAAGAACACCCUCGCAUUUAACCAUACAGCGUCUAAAAAACUUGUGAAGUGGAAGAAUGGAUCGGAUUACUGCUCUUGGGAAGGAGUGUCCUGCAAAAAGGGUUGUGUUUCGAAUCUGGACUUGAGCAGCGAGGCGAUUACUGGUGGACUUGAUAAUUCCAGUUCUCUUUUCGGUCUGAAGUCAAUCGAGAACCUGAAUUUGGCUUACAACAACUUCAAAUACACUCAGAUUCCUACCGAGUUCAAGCAGCUAACGGGUUUGACCAAUCUGAACUUGUCGAAUGCUGGCUUUGCGGGGCAGGUUCCGAUUGAGAUUUCACACCUUACGAGGUUGGUAACUCUUGAUUUGUCUACCUUAUAUUUCCCCGGAUUUCCUUCACUGAAUCUUGAGAAGCCGAAUUUGAAUGUGCUCAUUCGGAACUUUUCUGAGCUUCUUGAACUUUAUCUUGAUGGAGUGAAUAUAUCAGCACAGGGGAAUGAGUGGUGCCAAGCUAUAUCAUCUUCACUGCCAAAAUUGAGGGCGUUGAGCUUGUCCAAUUGUAAUCUUUCAGGCCCUAUUGAUAGUUCAUUACUGAAGCUUCACUCACUCUCGGUUAUUCGUUUAGAUUACAAUGAUUUCUUUAUUCAAGUUCCAGAGUUCUUCUCAAAGUUCCCAAAUUUGACUUCCUUGCACCUACGUGGUUCUUGCUUAUAUACAUGUUCUAGCUUAUAUGACAGAGGUUCUUGCUUAUAUGGUACAUGUGCUGGCUUAUAUGGUACAUUCCCAGAGAAGAUCUUCCAGGUACCUACACUACAGACUAUUGAUUUGUCAGGCAAUCAACAGCUUCAGGGUUCCUUACCAGAAUUUCCAAAGAAUGCAUCUCUUCGGUCCUUGGUUUUAAGCGGAGCUAACUUUUCAGGGUUACUACCAAACUCUAUUGGCAACCUCAAAAUGUUGUCCGAGAUAGAUAUUUCGUGGUGCAGUUUCACUGGAUCAAUCCCAAGGUCAAUAGAAGACCUUCAUCAAUUGGUUUAUUUUGACAUGUCAGUCAACAAGUUCAAUGGUUCAGUUCCAUCCUUCAGUUUGGCCAAGAAUCUGAUCAUGAUAAAUCUUUUUCACAAUCAACUAACGGGUCAGAUUAAUUCCACUCACUGGCAAAACCUUACUAAUCUGAUGUAUCUCGACUUGAGAUCCAAUCAAUUAGAUGGGACUGUUCCACUAUCUCUUUUUUCUCUUCCCUUGCUGCAAAAGCUACAGAUUUCCAAGAAUCACUUCUCUGGUCAGUUGCCUGAAUUUGCUAAUAACUCUGUACUGGACACCCUUGAUUUAAAUAGCAACAAUUUGGAAGGCCCAAUUCCCAUGUCCAUUUCUAAUCUCCGAGGGCUAAAGAUUAUUUCACUUUCUUCAAACAACUUCAGUGGGUCGUUUCCUCUCAGUGCUCUUCGACAGAUAAGAAAUCUUUCGAGUCUUGAUCUGUCAUACAACAGCUUGUUGAUUACUUCUGCUGAUAUUAAUUCCUCUUAUUCUUCCUUUCCUCAACUUACCACAUUGAAAUUGUCUUCUACAAAGUUGAGAGAAUUUCCGCAUUUCUUGAGAAAUCAAUCAAAUUUAGGCACUUUGGACCUAUCACAAAACCAGAUUCAUGGUGAGAUACCCAACUGGAUUUGGAGGCUCAUUAAUCUUUCUGAACUAAAUCUUUCUUGCAACUCCUUAGUAACACUAGAAGGUCCUUUACUUGGAUAUCCUCCUUCUCUGUCUAUGCUUGACCUUCAUUCCAACCAGCUUAAGGGACAAAUUCCAAUGCUUCCACAAUUGGCCACUUAUCUAGAUUACUCAAGAAAUAAUUUCAGCUCAAGCAUUCCGGCUGACAUUGGUGAUUUCCUUAUGUACACUGUGUUCUUCUCUCUUGCAAGCAACAAGUUAAAUGGAAGCAUUCCAGAAUCAAUGUGCAAGGCACCAUAUCUUCAACUUCUUGAUCUGUCCAGUAAUUCCUUAAGUGGCAUGAUUCCCCAGUGCUUAAUUGCAGGAAGCAGUUAUAUUGGAGUACUUAAUUUAAGGACCAACAACCUUACUGGUGCUAUUCCUGAUAAAUUUCCUCCAUCCUGUAGUUUGCAAACGGUAGACCUGAAUGGAAAUCAGAUAGGAGGCCAAUUUCCAGAAUCUCUAGGCAACUGCAACCAGCUAGAGGUGUUGAACCUUGGAAACAAUCAGAUCACUGGUACUUUUCCACGCUCUUUAAACAAAAUGCCCCUAUUACGUGUCCUUGUUUUUCGAUCAAACAAAUUUUAUGGGCGCAUUAGAUGUCCUAAGACCUAUGGCAGCUGGCCAAAGCUUCAAAUUAUUGACCUAGCACACAACAAUUUCAGUGGUCAUAUACUCGGAAGAUGCUUGAAAACCUGGCAGGCGAUGAUUGCCGACGAAGGUGCUGGCCUGUCACAACUCGACCACAUCAAAUUUCAGGUCCUAUCAUCACUCUCUCAGAUAUAUUACGACGAUAAAGUAUUUGUUACCACCAAAGGUCUAGAGAUGGAGCUGGUGAAGAUUUUGACUAUCUUCACCUCAAUUGACUUAUCGGGGAACAAAUUCACCGGAUCAAUACCUGUGGAAAUGGGAGAACUCAAAUCGCUCUAUGUCCUCAACUUGUCUAGUAAUGCUCUAACAGGUGAAAUCCCAUCAUCUUUGGGCAACUUACAACAUGUUGAGUCCUUAGACUUGUCGAACAACAGCCUGAGCGGGAAAAUUCCAUCACAGCUCACAAACCUCACUUUCCUUGCAUUCUUGAAUCUCUCAAACAAUGAACUGACCGGAAGGAUCCCAACCUGCACUCAGUUUUCGACAUUUCCAGCAGAUUCCUUUGCAGGCAAUGAAGGGUUGUGGGGGCCUCCUUUGACAGGUUAUAUCCCCUCAGGAUUGCCACUACCAGCACCACUGAAAAAAGGUCAUUCUAAUGCUCGGCCUGAAAUUGAUUUUGAUCUUAUAAGUGCUGAGAUUGGAUUUAUCUUCGGCCUUGGAGCUUUCAUCGGGCCUCUCGUGUUCUGUAAGCGAUGGAGGAUAUGGUAUUACAAAACUGUGGAGAACAUCUUCUUCAAGAUAUUCCCUCGUCUGGAUAGAAGAAGCGGUUACAGAGGAAGACAUGUUUACAUAAACAGAUUUUGGAGAUAAACUCACACUCAAUCAUGCUUGGCUUGACCAAAACCCUAUCUUUCUGGUUUCAAAUUUUCAUUUCCUAGCAAAUAAGAAGCCGUCUGAUCAUAUCGACGAGCUGAUCUUGUUCUUAGUAAGAUAAAUGCAUGUUAAAGUUCUGAAUACAUUAGCUUCUUGUUGAAUUGCUGAUUCGUCGAAUAUUGUAACGUAAUCUUAAUGUUUUGUGUGAACUGUGCUUGUUUAAAGCAAAACACUUCUUUCAGUUUUUAUUCUUGUAAAGUUUGGAUGAAUGUGAAGUUUCAGUUUUUGUUCUUGUGAAGCUUCAACUUCUUCGGAAUUUAUUAAAACUUUGAUCUCAUUUAUUGA